AUGCCUUUCCUCAGAAACCGACUUUCAUCGAGCAGCCAAUCCUCCCAGGAUGGACAUAUCAGCACCCCCAGUGCGGUUUCUGACUAUGAAUAUCCGGCAAUUUCUAUGCCUGGGUACGCAGAAAAGCCACUGUCAGAGCAACUGGAACCCAUUGCGGUUGUAGGAAUGGGUUGUCGUUUGCCGGGCGACGUCAGUUCCCCCAGUCAAUUUUGGGACCUCAUGAUCAACAAAGGUACUGGCCGUAUGGAUAAGGUCCCAAAAUCAAGGUUCAAUAUCGAUGCCCACUUGCAUCCAAACAAUGAGAGGCCUGGCAGUUUUAAUCCCGUCGAAGCCAUGUGGAUGGACCCACAGCAACGGAAAUUGCUUGAAGUGGUCUAUGAAGCAUUCGAGUCGGCUGGUGCAAGUUUGAAAGACGUUGCUGGAACAACGACAGCUUGCUUUGUCGGCUGCUUCACCUUGGAUUACCUCCUGAUGACUUUCAAGGAACCAGACUUUCGUCACAGCUACGCAGCGACAGGGGUGGAUCCCGGGAUCAUCAGCAACAGAAUCAGCCAUGUCUUCAAUCUGAAGGGACCUAGCAUCACAGUAAACACAGCAUGUUCAUCUUCUGUUUAUGCCCUUCACAACGCUUGCAAUGCUCUCAGGAAUAAUGAAUGCUCUGCAGCCGUCGUCGGUGGUACAAAUCUCAUACUUACUGUUGACCAACAUAUGAACACGGCAAAACUUGGCGUGCUAUCCCCGACUUCCACUUGUCAUACUUUCAAUGCACACGCGGACGGCUAUGGCCGUGCUGACGGAGUUGGCGCUGUGUAUCUUAAACGGCUCCAGGAUGCAAUCCGUGAUGGCGACCCAGUUAGAGCUGUGAUACGCUCUAGUGCGGUCAACUCGAAUGGCAAGGCUCCUGCUGUUGGCAUCACUCACCCAAACCUGGAUGGCCAAGAGGCUGUCAUUAGACAUGCUUACCGACGUGGAGGAGAUUUAGAUCCGAUGCUUACCGGAUAUUUUGAGAUUCACGGGACUGGAACACCUAUUGGCGAUCCGUUAGAAGUCUGUGCCGUAUCAAAGGCAAUGAACGACGAACGAGCCUCUGAUGGUAGCCCACUUCUAAUUGGCGCCGUCAAAACAAAUAUCGGACAUAGUGAGGCUGCGAGCGGCCUCUCCGCUGUUAUCAAAGCUGUUCUCGCUGUUGAAAAAGGAAUCAUUCCGCCCACUAGAGGCUUCACUGCGCCCAAUCCGGCGAUUGAUUGGGAAGGCUGGAACGUCAAAGUUGUUACAGAGCCGACGCCGUUUCCCGCACAUCUUCCAGUAAAACGAGUCAGUGUGAACUCCUUCGGCUAUGGAGGAACAAAUGGACACGUUAUUAUCGAAGGCGCUGACUCGUUUCUGCCAAAUUACCAACUUGCUCAACCGAAAACCAAGUCUCGAGGUACAUUCGCGCGCAAAAGGCCUUAUCUUUUGGUCUUCUCAGCCCACAAUAAACCAACCCUGAACCGGAACAUCGAAGUUCAUGGAAAGGUAGCACAGAAAUAUAACAUCCUGGACCUUGCUUUCACACUAGGAAACCGCCGAUCCCACCUCCGGAGCCGUGCAUAUGUUGUUACAAGCGAUGAUAGACUGGCUUCAGAUUUUCAAGAUAUAGCCAAGUCGUUUGCUUAUGCGGAAAAGAAAAAAGCGCCAUCAAUUGGGUUUAUAUUCACCGGACAAGGAGCUCAAUGGAUUCGAAUGGCAAACCAACUUAUGGCCUAUUACCCGAGUUUCCUAAGGACAAUCAAAAUCCUUGACAGAGUUCUGGGGAACCUUCCAGAUGCGCCUGAAUGGACUAUUGAAGAUGAGUUGGUGGCUGAUGCCAGCACUUCCUGUGUUAACCAAGCCGAGUUUUCUCAACCGCUCUGCACUGCUGUCCAGAUAGCGCUGGUAGACCUUCUUGCCUCCUGGGGAAUUAAACCCACAGUCACGGUUGGCCAUUCUUCCGGUGAGAUCGCAGCUGCGUACACGGCAGGGAAGAUCUCUAGGAUGGAAGCUAUUAUCAUUGCUUUUUACCGCGGGCAGGCCGUUCGAGAUAUCGAUACUAGUGGUUCCAUGCUGGCCGUUGGACUGGGUGCGGACGCGGUAAAGCCUUACAUUGCAGAGAUUCCGGGUGUGACCGUCGCUUGCCACAAUUCUCCUGUGUCUGUGACACUAAGUGGCGAUACUAGCGCUUUGGAAGUCGUUAGGGAGAAACUCGAAAAGGAAAACAUCUUCGCAAGGACACUAAAGACGGGCGGGAAGGCGUAUCAUUCCAAACAUAUGGAGCCGGCCUCUGUCAACUACGUGAGGCUUAUACAACGUGCGAAGAGCGCCUUGCCUUUCGACCCGCCCUCGCCUUUAGCAAUUACGAUGGUAUCCUCGGUCACAGCAGCUCCUAUUUCAUCUGGCAUGCAGAUUGAUGAACACUAUUGGGCCGCCAACCUUGUCAGCCCAGUUAUGUUUAGCCAAGCUGUGGAACAGGCAUCUUCGCUUUCCGUCGAUAUGCUCAUUGAAAUCGGCCCUCAUUCUGCCUUAGCUGGGCCUGUUAAACAAAUCAGAGCCGAGCACAAGUUGGAAAAUCUAGCAUAUCUCCCCACAUUGGUUCGUGGCCAGGAUUGUGCUACUCAGUUACUGAAGCUUGCCGGUGAAUUAUUCCUGCGUGAUUAUCCAGUCGACAUGGACCGCGUGACCCUGAUAGAGCAGCGACUCCCUGGAGGUAAAAUUGAUUUCAAGAGAGGAUCAAUCCUGGUAGACCUCCCUCCGUACCAAUGGACGUAUGGGCAAAAAGACCUUUUUGCCGAGCCUCGUCAAUCUGCUGAGCACCGGACCCCUCAACAUGCUCGCCACGAUGUUUUAGGACGAAAACUGCCGGGAGGUUCUGAGUUAGAACCAAUGUGGAGAAAUGUCCUUCGUAUCAACGAUUUGCCAUGGCUCAAGGAUCACAGCCUUGGUGGCGAUGUGGUGUUUCCAGCAGCCGCUUACUUCUCCAUGGCAAUGGAGGCCAUAACACAGAUCAAUGAGACCAGUAACCCGCCCCAGGAAAUAAACGGCUACACGCUUCGGGAUGUCUCGAUUAAGAGAGCUCUGAUUGUUCCUGAAGACGAUGAUGGCGUUGAGACGAUGUUCAGUAUGCAUCCCUCAAUCCAUGAAGAGGCAGGACCCCAAAGUACGUGGUGGGAGUUCAAUGUAUCGUCAAUUUCUCAGAAUGGUACCCAGAAAGAUCAUAUGACUGGUACUAUCAGCAUCAACACUCGUUCACGAGGCCAAAAGCCAAAAGAUGUCCCAUUCCUGCCCCAGAAGGCAAGUGGAAAAUCGUGGAACCAAGCAUUGCGUGCUGUGGGGUUUGACUAUGGUCCUACGUUCCAGGACAUGGAUCACAUUCGUUUUGACGGCAAAACGUAUGUUGCCUCGAGCAACACCGUCGUCAAGCAGGAAUGUGGUAAAAUGCAGGGUGAAUCGCGCCACAUCCUCCACCCGGCCACAGUUGAUUCCUGCUUGCAACUCAUCAUAGUAUCCAUUUAUGCAGGAAAAGCAAAGGACAUGACGUGCGGCGCAGUACCACUCCAAGUUGAUGAGGUUGCAAUCUGGGUUCCAACUGGUGAACAACUGCAGAAUCCUAAUGCCACAGUUUACUCUUGGACCGAUGAACGAGGUAAUCGCUCCUUUAGAAGCGGAACUCAACUUGUCGCUAGCGACGGAAAUCUCCUAAUGGAUAUCACCAACAUGCGAUGUGUUUCAUAUGAAGCCGCGGUGCCUCAGAGAGCUCUGGAUAGCCCGGUCCAGCAGCCAUAUAUGGAAGUGGUCUGGAAACUUGAUGUCGAUAGCUUGGCUACCGAAAAUCCCCGCAAGAAUAUAAGCGUUGCUCAGCUUGUUGACUUGGUUUUGCAUAAAAAGCCUGGAGCAAAGAUUCUGGACGUGAAAGGGCAUAAUGAGGCCUUGUUAGCGGAGCGAAAGGCUUGUCUUUGCUACAACGCCGGGUUAAUAUCUGAUGAAGGCCACGGAAAAUAUGACCUGAUUUUGGCUAACGGCGUUGAUGCAUCUCCUUCAACAGUUGAUAUGAUUUUGGAUCUCUUGGCUCCUGGAGGCCGCGCACUUUUGAAGAAUGCGGAGACUGCCGGUGAUAUCAGCUCUUCCUAUAUCGCCUUGGAGGAUGACUUGGCGAUUGUGAAGCCUACGUCAUUGCCUGAAGCUUGCUCAGAUGUCCAACCAGCGCCGUCUUUCUUAUUUGUGCAUAGAAAUACGCCUGCAUCUCUUGUGUCUCCAAUUAUUGAGAGUUUUGCAGAACGCGGUUGGAUGACGCGUUCAAGCCAGUUGUGCAAUGUUGACAUAAAAGAAGGGGAAAGAGUGGUACUUGUCGCGGAACUCGAAGGGCCAUUGCUCUCCUCGCUUGACGAGCCUGAGCUCCGUGGGAUUCAGCGCAUCGUAUCGACGGCUUCGUCCCUUCUCUGGCUUACACAGGGCGGACUUCUUUCUGCAAAACAGCCUGAAUAUGCCAUGGCAUCUGGAUUAGCAAGAUCUGUGAUGAGCGAGAACGCUUCGCUGGACUUUGCAACCAUGGAUUUAGACCUAGAAACAGUUUCCGCUUCCACGGCCAUUCGUUCGGUCACCGAAGCGGCACGUCGGCAAGUUGAGAAUAUACCAGACCGUGAAACAGAGUAUUGCAUUGCGCAGGAGAAGGUGUACAUCAGCCGGCUUCUCCCCAAUGACAAGCUCAAUUCAAUCUACUCAGUUGACGGAUCCAAAUUUGAAGAGGUACCAUAUGAUAGUGGGAGAGCAGUUGCUGGUCGAGUUCAGUCAGGAAGAGUAAUAUUCGAACAGGAUAAACGUCUCGAGGAGCCCUUGGAACCCAGCCAGAUCGAAGUAAAGGUUGCUUUCAGUGGGCUUAAUAGGGAAGGAGUUCUUGUUAUCCAAGGACAGGAUUAUCCGACUGCUUUCAGUCAUGAGGUAUUCGGGACUGUAACCAAAGUUGGCGCACUGGUGACCCAAUUUACCCCAGGCGAUCAAGUUGUGGGGUUCAACUUCGACAAGUUUGCCUUAGUCCAAAGAGUUUCGCAGGACUUAGUCACGAAGUUUGAGACUCACGAAAACCCAGCCAAUAUUCUUGGUCUUUUGAUGGGAUGA